CUCCCUCUCGCGCUGUGUAGUGAUGCAGAAUAACGUCAUAUUCCAGCUCUGGCAUCACUGCGGUGCGCGCGAGGGAGCUGAACAGGAGGAUUAGUGCUCCCUCGCCACCCGAAUGGAAAGCUUCGCCGCUGCCAGCCUGGGGUGCCCUGAGGUGGCCGCCCGGCCAGCUCCUGGGUCCCCCAGGACAAGAGGCUGGUAAGGCAUUUGACAGGGUGUUUAGGGGGCGGCUUUUGUGCCACCCCCUAGAAAGUGCCGCCCAAGACAAAUGCCUUGUUUGCCUCUGGGUAAAUACACCCCUUUUUUUUAAUAUGAAUUAUGGAGACCACGACUGACCAUUUUACCAACAUUGUGUGUAUAGCCGAUUCCCUAAAGCCCUCGAUAUGUUCAGUGAAAAUCUAUUCAUAUGUCUUAUGAUCAUGUCAGAUACAUUUUUGCCUAUUCAUGUCAAAUGGUGCAGGAAAAAUAGAUGGGCUAGGGGCUCUUUCAAUUUCAGCUAUUUUGGCCUAAAAGUUCAAUUUGUUAUACUUAUCUCACAAUAAGUUUUUAUUUCAUGUAAUAGUGUAUGUAUUCUUGUUUUUCAUAAUAUUUAUUUCAUUGUUUAAUUUCCUCAUAUUCAAGGUAACAUGGGGAAAUGAAACAAUAGCGUUGAUUUAAAUCCAGUUUUCUUAUUGAUCAGUUUGAUGAAUCUAAUAUUUCUAUUUUCUAAAAUAAUCAAAACAAAUCUAUUAUAUAUACCCCAAUCCAGAGGAAUAUUGAACAACUUUUGUACUUCUAAUUCAAGCUUUAAAUAUUAAUUCAAAUAUGCUCUAUUUUUCUGUUUUUGUUUUUUGUUUUCAGAAUGUUGUACGACAAGCCGGACACCGUGAAACCUGUGUGAGUUUGGUUAAUUUACAAUAUAAAAUAUUUUUAUAUAUUCUUAAGGAGUGCAAAAAAAUUUUUGUUUACUUACUAAAAGUUAGAAUUUGUGAGAAUUUACAGUGAAUUUAAAACUUUAGUAGGAUUAUUCACAAAACCACUGGACAUUAUCCAAAUGGACAAAACCUGGUGAAAAUUACUGAAUUCCGACCACAUUGGCAAUUCGCAGAUUUAUGGAAGCCAAAUGGGGUCAGGAUUUGGUAAAAUCAACCGAAUCUGUAAAAUUAAUUUAAAUGCAUUUGGAAAAUCACUAAUUUCCACAUCUGAACCAAUUUACAGCACCUGAUUCGGAGAUGUAUCAAUGACUGCACAUCGCUGAUGGUAAACCAGAUGCAUCCGGCACAUGGGUGACGGAUGGGGGCCAUAAAAUUCAUAUUCAUAGUGCCCAAUUUAUGGGGGCUAGGGAAAGGGACAAUAGGCUUUUAUUAGAACAUGUCACACUGCCAACAUUUUGGUCACUAAUCGUGAUCUUUCUUAAGCCAUUAUCUAAAAGCAAAUAACAGAGUAUAUAUACACGUACAUAAAGUGGAAAGACAUACAUUAACUUUAUAUAAAACAAAACAUGUCAAUCAGUUGCGAAAAAUACCUGAAGUGUCUAUCUCUCCCUGUGGAUGAUGGCUGACACCAUAGCCAAAUAAACAGAUCUCAUGACUGGGACCAGAAACUGCAUGACUUCACGUGUUACCUAAUGCGGGAACCCAGGGCUAAUACAAUAAAUAUGCCUCCCAUAACCAAGGAGAUAAACUGACUCCUCGGGGCAGACCAUAAUAAAAAGAAAAAAAGAUGACUAUGGCCUCAACUAAAUAACACCUAGAGUAGGCCAGUCGGGAAUAAUACAAUGCACACGGGGAAUCAUACUAUUUGACAAUAUACUGUAUUGUGAGACCAUCACAGAAAAAAAUGUAUUUGUUAAUAGUAUAUAUCAAUUCAUAUAUUAAUAAAAAAACUCAUAUAUUUAAUUAAUUCAUAAAAACUUCACAUAUUAAUCAAAAUAAAUUAAAAAAAAUAAAUGAAUACAAACUAAUAUAAAUGAUCAUGCUAAUAAAUAAAAAGUGAUACAUGAUUACCCAGUGCUCAUAUAAGUGAACGAACAAAGCAAUAUCAAGAUAGGUGUAUUCACAAACUUAAUCUAGUAAUUACAAAACUCCAUAUAGAAAACACUACUGCCAUCUAGUGGCUAAGAUAUAUAAUAAAAACUCUAGUGAAAUCUUAUAAAAAUGUCUGCCAUCUAGUGGGUAAAACAUAUAACUACAGUUCAAAAAGAGAUUCAUAAAAAAUACAAUACAUACACAGUUCUACAAAACUGCAAUCCUAGUGCAAAUGUUAUAAUAAAUGCUAAUAAAAUACCAACAGUGCCUUAAGUGCCCAAGUGAAAUAUCUAUAUAUGAAUAUUCAUAGUAUCCAGUACAUAUGAAUUGCAGAGACACACACUCAGACACACACACACUCAUUAACAGACACACACACACACUCACUAACAUUUAAAUUCCAACAAUUAAAGCCAACACUACACAUAAACACACCCCUGCAUUGAAAUGCAAACACUACACAUAAAUACACUCCUGUGUUCACAUGCAUGUACCCCAUACAAAAAACAUGCUUAGGUAGGGCAAAUGUUAGAUCCCCAGCUGGCAAAGAAUAGUGGAAGACGCACAACAGCUGACAAUCUACUUUUUGGCCUGCAUUGCAGUAGAGUUGGGCUCAAAACAAUUUCUUGCACCAAGGCCGCAGGGCAGAAAGUAGGAAGUUGCCAGCAUUUGUCUCUUCUGCUACCAGUCAUGCACCCUGUUGAUGAGUUUCUUCCUUCAAGUUGGCAGACUGUUGUACAUGAGUGACAUUUUCCCUUUAAUAUUAGGAUCACACAGGGAAAUUAACACCAGUAAACAACAAAUUUGGCUCUCAAAAUGGACUAUAAAGAUCUUUACAUAGUUACACAGUUACAUAGCUGAAAAGAGACUUGUGUCCAUCAAGUUCAACCUUCCUCACAUUUGUUUUUUUGCUGUUAAUCCAAAAGAAGGCAAACAAACCCAGUUUGAAGCACUUCCAAUUUUGCAACAAGCUAGGAAAAAAAGUCCUUCUUGACCCCAGAAUGGGGUUUUUAAAAGAUUUUUAUAUACACUUUUCUGCUCAUCCCAGGUUCCAAACUAGCUUGCUGAGGAGGGACCAGGGGUUGCAGAAAUUUCAGUUUUAUGAGAGGCAUUUAAUAUAUUCCAAAACCUAACUCUAAACACACUAUGCUAUACACUUAUGUACAGACGCUUGCAAAAUCUUUGUAGCCAGGUCAGACCAUCUCGGUGAAUCCAGACAAUUAAUUUGAGGCCGAACAUUUUAUAUUUUAUAUAUAAUGCCACAAAAAAUAAAUUAGCAUCUAAAAUCUCUUCCAAAUUUUAAGGGAAUGACUCUUCGCUGAACUUAAAAUGUAGAUGUAGCUGAUCCAGUAAUAAAUCCUCUGCUCUGUUUAAAAAACUCCUCUGCACUGUUUGGUUUACAACAGGAAAAUUAAAUAUUCCUUCAUUACAGUAUCAUUUUAGGGAAUUUUUCAGACAUGAAUAAAAUGUAACCCAUUGCUUCUAAGAAACAGUUCACCUCACAGGUCUUAGUCAACAGCUUCCAAACUAACCCUGACCAUGCCGUAAUUAAUCACAUCACCUCUACUGGGUAACCAUUCUAUGCAUCCACUACUAUACACAUCACAUUAGUUAACGAUAUUUUUACAAUAAAAUAAUAAAUAUACAACGCAUUAAUUGAUAAUAACUUAACAAUGGACGAUGAACCAUGCCCACUGGGCAUAACAGUCUUUGCAUGCCCUCCUUAAAAUAAAACAAAACAAAAACUAGGGGUGCAGCCCCCACCAUUGGCAAGCUACUUUUAUAUCAUGGCACAUGAGUGAGUUGACUCGACAAACAAAAUCAACUCACUCCUCCUUUCUUUCCCCUUUGUGUGAUACAAGCACUGAGUGGAAAAAAAUGUUCGUCAUGUGAUUUAUUCAACCAGAAAUAAUAUAAGCCAAAUAAUCUGUGAUGUUAUAUAAAAAGAGAGUACAAUAUUUCUAAUUCUCUAUGUAAAAUCAAUACCAUUUAUAGGAGAACGGAUGUCCUAAUGAUGACCCCAUGGUUUGCCCCCAUUGUUUGGAACAGCACCUACAACAUCGAUAUACUGAAUGCCCAGUUCCAUCAGCGAGGAGUCCGCAUCGGAAUUACAGUGUUUGCCAUUAAAAAGUAAGUAAUGUUGAUUUAAUGAAGAUAAAAAAAUAGGUCUAAGGUAAAUGUUCUAGACAUCAGCAGUAUAAAUUAUAUCAGGGACAUGGAACAAGACAUGGAAAUAUUUUGGGACCCCAUGAUGACUUAAAGGGACUCUCUUUCCACAAAACAAUGAAGUUGUUUCGAGAGCUCACAGAGAAGCAUCAUGGACAUACAGGGCAUGAACAGCUAUUGAUGUGAUCUGUCUAUUAAAUACUUCUCUAUAAGACAUCGAGCUUCUCAUAGAGAAGCAAUGGACACAUACCCCAUCACUGGAAAAAUUCCGUUAUUGAAGUUAUUUUUGUCUGAAGUCUCUAGUGGCUUUCUGAAUGAUAACCACUAAUAAUGUUGCAUCUCAAGGACGGCAUUAUUUACAAGGCUGCAGAAAUCACUUCACUAAAAUGAAGUUUUGCCUGGAUCAAAGUUAAUCACCUCUGCCCUUUGUUGCUGUCCCUUUUAACAUCAACAUAAGUACCCUGUGUUGUUAUGGUACUACAGUAAAGGAUCAAUUGCAAUUUGUCUGGAUAAACGAUGAGGGAUUAAGAAUUUCUCAAAAUGAUGUAAAACGUUUAGAGGUUUGCACUCUGGCCAGUGGCGUACAUACCAGGGUCGCAGGGGUCGCGGUUGCGACCGGGCCCGGCCCACCAGGGGGCCCGGCCGCCCCUGCGACCCGGUAUGUAGCCACUGGGCCAGCCUCUUCCCCUGGGGGGCCCAGGAGCCGGCCCCCCGAGGCUGGCCCUGCUGACCCCAGCUGGCGGGUGGCCGGUCGGGCAGGCGGGCGCGCGAGGGAGCACUCACUGCUUCCUCUUCAGCUCCCUCGCGCACCGCACUGAUACCGGAGCCGGAAGAUGACGUCAUCUUCCGGCUCCGGCAUCCCUACGCGGCGCGCGAGGGAGCUGAAGAGGAGGCACUGAGUGCUCCCUCGCGCGCCCGCCUGCCCGACCGGCCACCCACCAGCUGGGGUCAGCAGCACCACUGGACCCCAGGGAAUCCCCCCAGCACUCCAAAAGGUAAGGAGGCUGGGAGGAUUACAUUAAAAAAAAAAACAUGUGUGAGUGUUAGUGUGUGUGAGUGUUAGAGUGUGUGUGUGUGAGUGUUAGAGUGUGUGUGUGUUAGAGUGUGUGUGUGUGUGUGUGUUAGAGUGUGUUUGAGUGUUAGAGUGUGUGUGUGUGUGUGUUAGAGUGUGUGUUAGAGUGUGUGUGUGUGUGUGAGUGCUAGAGUGUGUGUGUUAGUGUGUGUGUUAGAUUAAGUGUGAGUGUUAGAGUGAGUGUUAGAGUGUGUCUGCUAGUGAGUGUCAGUGAGUGUUACUGUGUGUGUGUGUGUGUGUUAGUGAGUCUGUUUGAUGUCUGUUAGUGAGUGUGUGUUUGUCAAUGAGAGUGUAUGUUUUGUAAGUGAGUGUGUAUGUAUGUCUGUCGCUGAGUGUGUCUCUGUCAGUAAAUGUGUGUCUGUUAGCUAGUGUGUAUGCGUCUGUAAGUGAGAGUGUGUGUGUGUCUUCAGCACUUACCUUUCUCCAGCGCCGGACUCCCUUGGCGCUGGGGAUCCCUCAGCCUCUCAGCUCCGAAUGCGACCGCGCACGCAUUCAAACCGCCCAUAGGAAAGCAUUACUCAAUGCUUUCCUAUGGACGUUCAGUGUGCUCCUGUAGCGGUUGUCAGUGAGACAGCCACUAGAGGCUGGAUUAACCCUCAGUGAAACAUAGCAGUUUCUCUGAAACUGCUAUGUUUUCAGCUGCAGGUUUAAAACUAGAGGGACCUGGCACCCAGACCACUUCAUUGAGCUGAUGCGGGAUCUGCGUUCAGAAACCUUUUUGCGUGUGUGCAUCUGCAUGCACUGGCUUACAUAAUACCGGCUGGAAGUUUGCGGGUCGCGAGCCCUGUAACCCCCGCUUACUCAGGUGCCCAAUCGGGCCAUGUAGUUAUGCCCAGCCCGGGCUGGCUAAGACGGGGCCCAAUUUGAUCAAUUUUUGCACCGGGGCCCCAUGGGCCAUGUGUACGCCACUGGCUCUGGCCAUUUAAUUUUUUUAUAGUUCUUAAUUUUUUACUUUUUUUAUAGAUUCUACCAAAGUUUUACACAAAUUGUCAGACAGCAUUCAUAGUUUCGUAGUACUAAGACCACUACUUUAAGCCGUAUAUGUUGAUUGAUUUCCAAAUAAAUGUAAGGGCCACCUAUAAAAUCAAAUCUACAUUAGGCAACUAAUUAGGAGUUAGUUACAACUGAGCAUCAAUAUUUAAUUGCUAAUAGUUUCAGAAUUUUGACCAGUAUUUAAUACAGUUGCAAUCGUGAAAUAUCCCAAAAUGUUUUUGCAACCCCGUCCACCAGUGCCCCACUUCACAGGACGCCAGUGUUAGGGAUGUGGAUUUGGUGGAGAGAUGAAAGCAAGAGAUUAGCAUAGGGUAUGUGUAUUCUUAUAAAUGCUUCCUGUGAGUUUCCCUCCGGCACCACCUCCAGAAGAUACAUGACGCUUGGGAGGUAUAACUGUUUUACUGUUUUCUGUCGAUAAUAUACUGUCAUUAGGCUCAUCAUAAUUCUCAGCAUUAGGCCUAACAGACUCUUCAUCUGGCCCUGAGCAAGCCUGUGGCAUGAAACAAGCAUCUGAAUCGGAAUUUUUAAUAGUUAUUUUUAAUUAUUUAUUAAGUUUAAAAGUUAUUUUUGAUAGUUGCUAAUAUGUAUAUAUACAUUUGUAAUGCUUAUAUUUUCAUUGGCAGAAGAUAAAGGUUUAAGGGCAACAGUAACAGUUCUGGGUAUAUUAAUUUUUAAGGUUUUCGGGGUUCCUUUGACCCUACCGAACCAGUGAACUGGAUAUAUUUUUAUAUUUUGAUAUGCAGGCUAGAAGCCUGGGAACUCUGAGUCUGCCAAGUACAUACCAUCCUACACUUGACAGCAUACCUGAAAAGUCAUGACUAAUUGGGCUUCAACCUACUGCGCAUAUACAGGGCUAAUCUCCACCAUCCUUAGUAAUAAGGAGGUCAUAUCUAUCUAUAUCUUAUGUAUUGAUCUAACUACCUUUUAACUUGUCUCCAUUAUAUGUAAAUAAAAUUUUACUUGUAUUUUAGGUAUAUUGUGUUUGUCAAAAAAUUUGUUGAAACUGCUGAAAAAUUCUUUAUGGCGGGAUUUGAUGUCAACUACUACAUAUUCACCGAUCGAGCGGAGGACGUUCGUCAGAAUAACUUUACUCUUAACAAAGGGAGACGUGUGAUCAUUCUCGAGGUUCCUAGCUAUGAAAGAUGGCAGGAAGUGUCCAUGAGGCGCAUGGAAAUGAUUCGAAAUUACACUCAAGAGAGAUUCAUUAAUGAGGUUAAUUACUUAGUUUGUGUGGAUGUGGACAUGGAGUUCAGCGACGAUGUCGGAGUGGAAAUUCUUAGUGAUUUAUUUGGGACCAUGCAUCCUAGUUUUUAUGAAGCAUCUCGACAGCAUUUCACCUAUGAAAGGAGACCAGAAUCUGAAGCCUACAUUCCAGAUGAUGAGGGAGACUUUUACUAUGCCGGAGGCUUCUUUGGGGGUACAUUAGAAGAGGUUUACAAACUAACAAACUACUGCCACAAUGCCAUGAUAACCGAUAUGGGGAAAAAUAUUGAAGCCCGUUGGCAUGAUGAGAGUUAUAUAAACAAAUAUUUUCUGUAUCACAAACCAACCAAGAUUCUUUCUCCUGAGUAUCUAUGGGACAACAGAUUUGGUGUUCCAGGGAUCCUCAAAAGACGAAGAUUUGUUGCUGUUCCGAAAGACCAUAAUGCAAUUCGUAACUAAAUCAAGGUCAAUCUAGAAGCCACGUAAAAGUUAUGCUUCUCGUAGCAUUAUCACUACCUCUCAUUUUCUAUAAACAUAGUUGGAUUAUCCAGAAAAUGAACAUUGCAUUUUAAAUGAACUUUGUGAAAUUCGUGAAAAUAUUUUCACUGUGUAAGAUGCAGAAAGCAUGUUGAAAAUAUAUUUUUAUAUGUUUGUUUUUUAAAAAUGUGGUCUAUUUAAUGCAUUAAAAAGAGUAUGGAUUGUGUAAUAUAUAUAUAUAUAUAUAUAUAUACACAGACACACCACACACUUAUUUAUGGAAUAUUGUUAAAACUUGAAGAAUUAAAUACUUUAAUAUAUAUGCACAAAAUCAAAGUCAUGCCAUGUUGUGUUUGAGCAGAAUGUACACAAUGUAUACACAUGUGGUUGGCUCUGAAAUUGGUCAAUAGACUUAGGUAGUACUUAUCACUGUCCACUAGUUUCUUUAAAAGGUUAUAUGUAGCACCAUAACCACUUCAGUAUUUUGUAGUGCUUAUGGUUGACUACCAUUUUCUUUAACCUUUUAAUAUGCACUAUUAGUAUAGAAUAAUUUUGACAAGUGUAAAGACUCCCUCUCUUUUUUUCUGUUGUCCUGAAGAAAGGUUACUCUAUAAAAUGAAACAUUAAAAAAACAAUAAACUCAACAAGUCCUCUUUUUGUGUGUGUUCGUAUAAAAUAUAUGAUAUGUCUAUUGAUGUAUCACUGUGUGUUACUAAAACGUGCUAUAUCGUUGUGUGUCAUCUGAUGUGUCACUGUGUGUGUCUUCGGAUGUAUUUGUGUGUAAGUGAACUUGCACCACGUGUCUCUUAUCAGGUGAUCGUGUUAAAUAUUUCUACAGUAGUACAUUAAGAAUAUAAUAAAUUCCUGCCAAGAAAAACCCUCAAAAGAAAACCAAAUGAUGUGAAUUCCUAAUACGUUAAACAUUUUUAUGUUCAAGUGGUUAAGGUAAAAUGUAAGAUAAUAAUGUAUUUUCAUCAAUCAGGUUGAUACAAUAUUACGGCCUUCCCUGCAUCAUUUUGCUAAAUUAUUUUACGUUAUCCUUCUCGAAGCUCUGAGUGUUUUCUCCCAUAUUAGCUGAAUAUGUUGUAACAUAUGAAUGGUUCACAAACAUAAUUGUGCAUUUAUUAAUGCAAUUUGUCUUCGUCUGUGUAUACUGAAGUUUAUAGAGUACAGAUUUACAAGACACAUAAAAAUUCUAAUAUGCUGUUUGUGUCAAAAUUUAAAUUACAAAAAUUUUCCAAUAUAAAUAUUUUUUUUAACGAAUAUUUAAUUUUGAAUUAAGAGUUACAAUAAAAUAUCAUAACAAAAUUAAUUUCAGUAUACAAUUGGUAAGUCAGUGACGAAAGUGAAAUGGUGAGGGGUCUGGAUAAUUUCUCAAAGGCACGGUACAUUAAAUGCAAGCCAGUAAAGAAACUAAAAAUGGUGUUGGCAAUAAUGUAUAUGAAAAAAAAACACAUGUUGAUAUAAAAAGUUAGAAACCUAACAACACAUAACAAGUUGACAAAAGAGACAACAGACAGAAUUACUCUGCUAUUUUUAACAGUAAGCUUUGCACAGAAAAUUCAUGGAACUUUGGGUUAAAAGAAAAUAGAAAAAUAAUAUAAAAAUCAAACACACAUUUCCCGUGCUUGCAACUUACUGAGGGUGAUUGUAGAUAAUUGUGGUCCUUACUUCCUGGUUCAGAUGCCAAAAUUGGGUAGUCGUUGAUGGGUCCUUACUAGUGGACAUUUCUUCCUUAUAAGGCCAACCCCAGAGGUAGUGCUAUAUAUAAAUCUACAUGAUUUGAAAGGAUGUCAUUUAUCAAGACAUAAAGGAAACACUUUUAUAUUGAUCAAAAAAACUGUUCUCUGGAGUUUAUUAGGGAAACACUCUAGUUCAAUUUAAAAGUAUGUUAAGGAGGGGGUGACAGUGCUGCCCUAGGCAUUUGGGGGCGGCUUUUUUCCCCGCCCCCUGGAAAGUUCCACCAAAGGCAAAUGCCAUGUUUGCCUCGCGGCUAAUACGUCCCUGGGGGGGUGACCCAUCAUAGGGACAUUCCCUGAAGUCCAGUUAAGUUGAUUGGGAUGUACUGUACCAAUGGAUUCCUUUUUCUGCUUUUUUUAUAAAUUCACACAAACUGCAAGCCACUUCUGACCCAAGAUUUUGCACAAAAAGGAUAUCUUCUGUGACCUGGUCUGUUUCCUUGCAAGUUGUACUUUAUAUUUAUUUUGGACAUUAUUGUGGACUUUUUUUUUACCAUUUUAUCUGCUAUUUAUUAUAUUUUAUAAUAGUCUUUUUAUACAAUUUUUUUUUUUUAUAGAUUAACAGUAUGAAUAUAUUAUCGGCGUUACCUUUCUCCCUUUUUUCUAUAUAAAAUUGCCAUGAUUGCUAAACACUCAAACGAUAAUAAAACCUGAGAAAACCUGUUUAAACCAGCAACACUCACCAAAACACAGAAAAGACCACUUAAAAAUACAUUUUCUCAUGAAAUAUUUGUGCAAUAUUAAGGUGUGGCAGGACGCCUAUGGCCAAAAUAUUUUAUUAUAAUAGAAGUUAAGAUUCAUUCAUUCAUCCACAUGUUCUGCAGUGCUUUACACAUUUACAAUGAGGAAUGUGGCGCAAGAGAUGAAUGAGAGAACAAAAGUCUUAACGUGAACAGGAAGUAAAGAAGGCCUUGCUUCCUGUAGGGUUUCCCUUGGUAGACUGGCCUACUUAUUGGCAGGCAGUCUGGCAUGCCUUCAUGGUAGCUGAACUUUCAAUUCAACAGACAGACUUGUCUCUUUGGGCAGAGCCAGAGACACACAUUGCACCAAUGGUCUGCCCUCUUUUACCCCUCCCACAGAUGUAUGGAAUUAUAUGACAUUUGCUUAGUGGCACUUGUGGCCUUCAGUGUAUCUAGUAAAAGCACUGUGAAUAAACUGGUGUAAAGUGACUUAACAGCCACUACUGGAGAAAAUGGAAAUAGGUUAAGCAAUUAUAUUAUGUAUUGGAAAGUCUUGGAUGUGGGGCACCUAAACUGUUAUUUUAAAACUAUAGUGCCAGGAAUACAUGUUUUGUACUCCUGACACUAUAGUGUUCCUUUAAUAUAAUUAUUAGUCUUUAAUACUGUAUGUUAGGCAGAUGUACCAAUAUGUAUAAAAUGUAACCACAUAUAACAAGGGUCCCCCAUACUUACAGGAAAGAUUUCAAUAGAAUUUUUUUUUUAACUUUACUACAGAUAUACAAAUGCAAUUUACUUUACAUAAAAAGGACUGUGGGUUCCCACCUCUUGGAAGCUUGAUAAACUACAAUUCAUGCAGUUCUUCAAAUAAUAUUACUGUGUCCUGUCUUGACUGGGAGAGUCCAACUGUGUUGUAAAUAGAAACAGUUCUCUCUUAAAUUAACAUGCUGAUGCCUCUGAGCUGGAUAUUCUGCAGUAUUUCAACUUCUUGAGAUCUCAUUGUAACUGCAAUAGCAUGUAUAUUGUAUAUAUUAAGGGGAGGGGGGGAAUUACAAUACACCAUAGGAUGUCUAACAUUGUCAUUUGCACAAUAUCAGUAUCAGUAACAGUGUUAACCACUUAUCAGGUUUUAUGAUUAUUUACAUUUGAGACCAGUUUUUUCUUUGCCUUGUUUUACGUAUUUCAGUGCGUAUUGAAAUAUUUUUCAUAGUGCAAACAAUACAUAUAUGUGGUGACAAGUAUUACAAUAUGUGUUUCAAUAGAAAAUGUACCAGUAAUGAGUUAUGCAGGUCAACAAAGUUUGCCCAGGAUAAGGGCUGAACAAACAGGAAGGAUAAGGAAAAUAUAUAAAAGUCUCUACGAAAAUAGCAUUGUGGGUAAAAUACACAAAGCUAACAUGGUAUAGGUGAUUUGCUAUAAAAUAUACCAUAUAGUAAUAAUGAUAUAUCUGUAAUUCUAAGCUGCCCUCCUGAUAAAAUGAGGAGGGAUAUAAACUUUUCAGCCCCUUUGAGACAUAAGUUAAUGAGUGUCCAGGAUAGGGUGUUGUUCUACCUGACAUCCAGGAGGGGCCAUGGUACUGGGAAUAUUCUUAAAGAAUAUUAAGGAAUGCUAAAUGUUCCUGAUACAUGGUAAUUCAUCCAUCAAACGGAUAUGCACAGCCAGCGAGAACCAUUCGUGGAGUGUGGGUGGGGUAGAACUUUUUCCAAUUACAGGGAAUUAGAGAUAAUGCUGCAUUAAACACAUUGUGAGAGACUCAGACGUAUGGUUUUCAUUUUAGGAAAGAUAUUCGGGCUAUUGGGUAGCUUAGCACAAUUAAGGUAUCCAGAAAAGGAUAUCUAUAAAUUGUAUCCAAUGUUCCUCAUCCCAUUUAAAUCGCAGCCAUGUUAUCCUGACAAUAACCAUUGCACUUCUAAAUGUUCUUGAGUGGUCCACAAUUUAUGCUGAGGGGUUGUGCUCCACUACACCAGACGGAGUAAGUGAGAGAUUCUACAAUAAUGUUAUGAGUAUGGCAUUGUAAGCUCUCCACCCCUCCUAGCAUGCAAGAGAAUGCUAAAAUAUAAUCUUGGGGGUUUAUUGUCCUAUGAAAACUGUAUAAAAUAGAUUUGAGUGCCACGAAUUAUGAGACAGAGAUGAUAAUAGGCAAGGUUUGAAAGAGCAUAAGUAAGCUAGGAAGAGCAUUAAUUAUUAGUAUGCUAAAGCAGCCUGGUGUGGUCACAUAUGACAGUGACCAACGGAGCAGAUCAUCCUUAAUAGUUUGGGGAAGCCUGAUCUAGAUACUUCAGGAAUGAAGAAUGAAUCACUGCUUCAGUUGGCCAUGCAGAGCAUCGGGAUACUGUUACCUAGGAUCUCAGACUUUGUCAUAUUAAUGUUAAGGUCUUUGUAAGAAUGGUAGAUCUGAAAUUUGUGCAUGAUAUUCACUGAUAACAGAAGGCCAUCUGCUAAAGCUGAGGCCUCAAAAAAUAAAAUAAUAAGCAAAUAUUUCAGAAGGUGGGAUGGGAUUACCACUUUAAUUACAACAUGUACUCUGAAAAACAAAGUAAUAUAAGAGUAAACUGACAAAAGGUUCCCCAAAAUAUUGUGCACAUUACAGUUUUAUAAAGUGGUAAUAAAUGAACACCUACAUUUUUCGUUUUUAUCCCAGAAGCAACUCCCAGAAAAGAGUUGUGUAUAUUGCUGGAAACUAUUUUAUUGUUUUAUUUGCUAUCUGAUAAAGUAUUUUGGUCUAUAUAUACUUUGUAAUUUGCCAUAUGCAUUUAGGUAUUUUUGUUCUUUGCGAUUUUAAAGGGACACUACAGGCACUGAGACCAGUUAAGCUCAUUGAAAUGGCUUGGUUGCAGUGUACCAGGUCCCUUAACCCUGCAGUGGUACGUAUUGCAGUUUUUAAUAAACUGCAAUAAUUACCUGCCAUGAUUAACUCCAUCUUUAGUGGCUGUCUAACAGACAGCCACUAGAGGGACUUCUGGGUCAUUAGACGACUUUUGGUUGCCUAACUGAUGCUGAACGUCCUAACGCUAUGCAUGAGGACAUCCAGCGUCACCCAAUGCUUUCUUAUUGAGGAAGUCCUUAUGGGGGAAGUCCUAAUGCGAGUGUGGGGAUCAGCUGACGUCAGUGAAGGGAGGAGCAGAGGCCUAGACUGAACGAUUACCAAGGGACAUCGGUGUUGGAGCCAGGUAAGGUGCCAGAAGGUGUUUUUAACCACUUCUGUACCAUGAGGGGGUCAAUAUACAGAGCUAUAAUGGUAGGAAAAAAACUGUUUUCCUGGAACUACAGUUUUCUUUAUUAUUUUUUUUAGUUUCCUCUGCUCCUGGUACUUUGCAAGAAUUCUACUAUUGGCGGUGACUUUUUUUAAAUUUUUUUUAUAAAUUCUUUAUUUUGAAAGAUUUUUGUAUUGGGGGGGUACAGAAGGGAAAACAGGGCGUAAGCAUUUGUAGUUUUCACAUCAUAAGCAUGGGUCUGUUGUGGCAUACUUUUUGUCAAUGCAAAUAUUUACAUCCAUUUUUUUUAAUUACAGAGUUUGUCAUUUAUAAUACAUUUACUUCUAUGUUUUUCCAGCUUUGUUGUUCUACAUUCUGUAGGUUGGAGUAGGUUACAGAAAGAAUAAGGGAGGGGGGUCGGGUGCCCUGUUGUAAUUUCAUUUGUAGUUAGUCCAGCUAUCUUUCGUCUCAGUCAUUUUUGUUUUGAGUUUAUAGUGCAACUUUGGGUUGUGGUUUUAUGUGGUCCGGGUAUUCGAGGUUUGGGGUUGCAUCACUUCUCUUCGGGGUUGCGGGGUAGAAGGUAGGAUGGGGGUUUGUGUGUGCUUCGAUUGUUAGUUUUCCUGCGGCUUCUGAGUCUGUGUUGUGUGGUUCGGUCUUUGGGUGCAUGACUGUUAUGAGGUGUGAGUGUGGGCGCGGUCUUGCGGUUGUGACUCGGCUCUGGUUGUUGCGGAGAUGUGUUCGUGUUUAGAGUGUUUUUGUUGUGGUGACUUGGGUCCUGAUGGAUUACUGAAUGUGGUCUGAGUAGUCCUAGUUAGUAUAGGUUGAUGCGUUUCUGUUCUCUGGGUGUCCUAAGAGUUUCUUUCCCGCUUUUUUGUCUUUUCCCUAACGUUGUUGCUAUGUUCGCGAGAUGGGUUAGCUGGUUUGGGUGUUCAAGGGGGUUUUGGAAUUCCCGUGUAGGUGUUCAGCCCGUUAAUGAGUGAUGUGGAAGGUGUUGGUUUUGGAGGUUCGGGUUUUUCUAUGGUGGGUGUACUGCGGGGUUGUGUUUUCGUGUAUUGUGGUGGGGUAUGUUGUGUGUCUGUGAGGUAUGGUGUUUGUUGGUGUGAGGGGUGGGGGGAGGGGGCCGGAGUGGGAGGUUGGGGGCGUUGGGUCAGUUUGGUGUUUCGUUCGCUGUGUGUCUGUGCCUUGGUGUGAGAGUGGUCCCUUAAUGGUCAGGGUAUGGUUGGGAAUUCAUAGAACCAUGGGUCCCAAAUUUUAUUGUAGUGUUUGGUCGUGUCAUGGACCAAUGCGGACAUUUCGUCCAUCUUAAUGGUGUCUUUUAUUUUUCGUUUGACUGUUUCUAUUGUCAGUGUGUCUGGGCUUCCCCAUUUUUCGGCUAUUGAUCUCCUUGUGGCCAGUGCAAUUAGUUUGUUUUGGGCUCUUGGUGUGUCUGCCAAAGGUAUGGAUAGAAGCCAUAUCCAUGGGUCAAGUGGUAUGUCUGUGUGUAGGAUCUGGGAGACCAUGGAUGCAAUUUGUUGCCAUAGCUGUACUGUGUGUGGGUGCAUUCCCACCACAUGUGGAUGUAUGCUGGAAAGGCUGUCUGCAGCCUUUCCAGCAUAGGUCGUCAUCUGACCUGCCCAUCUGUUUGAGUUUUAGGGGAGUGAUAUAUCACCUCAUAAUCGUCUUAUAGGCCUGCUCUUUGUAGUUAACACAUAUUGAUAUGGUAGCUAUGGCUUCCCAUAUUUCGGCCCAGUCGGAUGGGUCUUCCGGGUCUAUGUCUCUCUCCCAGGCCGACACAUAUGUGAGUGCCCUGUCUUUUAUGUUUUGUAUUAUGUGGGAGUCUAACGCCAAAAUCUGGCUUUGUUGUGUACGCGUUUUUAAGCAUUGUUUUUCAAAGGGUGUAAGUGUUCUGGUGCCUGCCAUUAUAAUUGUCGGUGGCGCAUCUAUUGGCCCAAAUUAAGUUAUCAAUCUUGGUUUGUAGUUGUUUGAAGUCUGCGCCGCGUAAUGGGAUCGGGAGGGUUUGGAACUGUCAGGUUAGACCUGCCGGGUUUCGCCGAAUUAAGCCACUUCCGGGUUGACGGCGCUUUGCCCCGCCCCCUUCUCUGUGUUAUUAUCUACUUAGAUGAUAUCUUAAUAUAUUCCAACAAUCUGGACGAACAUAGGAAGCAUGUAAGAUGGGUUCUACCUAGAUUGAGAACACACAAAUUAUACGCUAAACCCGAGAAAUGCCUUUUUGAAGUUACUGAAUUCUCUUUUCUAGGAUAUAUUAUUUCACCUCAUUCCCUGAAGAUGGAUAAUUCCAAAAUUGAGUGUAUCAUUAACUGGCCAGUUCCUACUAGUACAAAAGAGUUGCAACGGUUUCUUUGGUUUGCAAAUUUCUAUAGAAAAUUUAUUAGAAAUUAUUCAGAUAUAUCUCAUCCACUUAAUCUCCUUAACAGCAGUAAGCGUUCUUUUAAUUGGAAUGAAAAUGCACAAUCAGCCUUCAACGAAUUAAAAAGAAGAUUUACAACUGCCCCCAUUCUUCAACUGCCUAAUCCAACAUUCUUAAAUGUUCUUGAAGUAGAUGCAUCAGAUACAGCUAUCGGAGCAGUGCUUUCUCAACACAAACACCUCAGGAUCCGCUCCAUCCAGUUGCUUUUUUUUCACGAUCCUUGAAUUCCGCUGAAAUUUUUUUAUCCAAUUGGUGAAAAAGAAUUGUUAAGUGUUAAAGCUGCUUUUGAGAAUUGCGUCAUCUCCUCGAAGAUACAAAACACCCCAUAGUGGUUAAUACAGAUCACAAAAAUCUCGAAUAUUUCUAUACUAAUAAGACCCUUUCAGCUAGACAAGUUAGAUGGAAUCUUUUUUUUAACCGAUUUAACUUCCAAUUAGUAUACAGACCUGGAACUAGGAAUAAAAAGGCAGACACUCUUUCUAGAAUCCCUCAUAAAACUGCUGUAGAUGAUUAUUCUCCUAACAAAACAAUUGGAUUUGUUUCUUCUCUAUAUGAUGCAAGAACAAAGAAAUAUGCAGACCGUCUCAAUUAUAUGAAUGAAACUUACUGCAUUGACUGGAAAAAAUAUAUCUAUGUAUAGCGCGAUGUUCCAAAUAUAGAGCCUGGCUAUUAGAAAUAAUAUGGUCAGAGACCCUAAUUAAACAAAGUAUAUACAAGUGAACCUACAAUCCUAUGCCAGCCCAGGGUAGUAUAGAUCAAGAGGUAGUAAAAAAUAUAACCUCACUCCCCCUUAUAAUUAAGCUUUAUUGUGAUCUGCUAUAGGGAUAGGAGUAUACAGUAGCUAAGUCUCUAUAAUCCAUGCAUCCUAGGAAGUAUCCUGGUCACACUAGAAACAUAUUAAGAAAAACAGAGAGAGAUAAGGACUGAAAAUAGAAGUAAAAAAAUCAGUCAAAAACAGACUGAUAAUUAGCAUUAAUAAAGCCUCUCUCCCUGUAAAGCUAGCUAGAUAGGCAUAGGAAAGAAAAGAAGAAAACGAUAUAAAAUAAAGUUAAAUUAAAUGGUGAUCAUGGUGCUCCAAACACCAGUGCCCAGUGCAGAAAAAACGCCCAACGUACGUUUCGGUGCAGAGAGAUGCACCUUCGUCAGGGGCCAACAGAUAACUGAAGAGAAGCCUCUUAAAUACCCCAAUUGUCAGGAAGCAUGAUUACCUUGUAGCCAAUGGAGUGUGGGGGUGUAUACCUCCCCAGCUGCCUCUAAUAUCCUGGCUAUUCCUCUGUGAUUGCUAAUGUUCAUUCAUCUGUAUUCAUCUGUGAUGUCAUGCGUCACGUGACGUAUCCGGCAUUCUCCUAACGGGGCGUGGCUCAUUCAUCAUAGUGCUGCAGUACCGCCCAUCCGAGCAUCUCCUGUCCAUCAUCCUCACAUGGGUUGAUCCCCUGUGACAGAUGGGCGGAGCUAGGUAUUCUCUGUGUAUGGAGAAACCGAACUUGUCCAAAUUGAGGCUCAAAUUGAUAAGCUGCAUAUUGAUAAUGUAUCAUUACAAAGUACCAAUGUGUACUAUAUAGGAUGUACAGAAUCAGCUGAAAAUAUAAGGCAGUGCUGAUUACAUAUUAUUCUAAUACUGAAUCUAUUAAAGAUGUAGUAAAGAAUAUGAGAGGACACCCCAAUAAUAAGAGAAAAAUUGAAUGAUAAGGGGUCCUGGGAUGUUGUUAACUCCCACUCCCCCGUCCCAGGCAAGGAUAUAUGAUAAUAAAUAUAUUUAGUGUUCAUAGGACCCAUGCUAGGAUGCAAAAUUAGCAUGGUACAUCCUGCCGCUAUAUCCUGUACACUGAGUCACUUGACAAUAUGAACCUCUGAAUGACCAGAUAUGACUUAGUCCGUAAAAUAAAAAUAAUAAUAAUAAGGCUAGCAUUCUUUUUGUCAAGAGGUCUUUAAACUUAUGGCACCUGAGGUUCCUAGUUGGUCUCCCAUACAAGUACUAACCAGGCCCAAGUCUGGAUGGCUUCUGAGAUCUGACGAGAUCAGGCAUUUUCAGACUGGUAUGGCCAUUGAUAUUUUCAUUCAAGUGCUCAGCAAGCUUGGUCUAGGAACAUUAUUGGUAUUAUAGUCAUUAUAUAGCUAUUUCCUUGGGAGAAUUCAAGCAUUAGCAAUUUAGUGGUCCUCAUCCGGUAAUCAUGAGAAUAAAUUUAUAUGAUAAAAAAUAAUAUAAAAAAUAAUAAUAAAUAGAAAAGGAUAGUGAUAAUAGUAGUAAUAGUAAUAAGCAAAGGAUAUACCCAUUGUGGAACAAACCGCGCUAUAUUUACAAAUUUACAAGUGUAUCAGGCCAUAAGGCUCAUUCAGAAUAGAUUAGUGCAGAGAUCACCCGCCGAGUACCACUGCCCGUAUAUAGGUCUGAGUCCCACACCUGGUAUCAGUGAUCUGCAAUAAAUGGUGUAUAUGAGAAACCUUCGUUAAGUCCCAAGGGUGACAGGGUUUUGAGCUUAUAGAUCCAGAAGCUCUCCCUUUGGAGUAGCUUCUUGUCUAAAUCCCCCCCUCUUGGUCCCAAGGUAACCCUUUCAAUACCACUAAAUCUGAUUCCUUCAGAUGAGCCCCCAUGAUGUAGUUUCAAAUGUUUAGAGAUAGGGGUGUCGAUUUGUCUUGUGGGGUUUACCGAAUUGACAUGUUCCCGUAUCCUAAGUUUAAACAUCCUAAAGGUUUUUCCCACAUACAGUUUUUUGCACGAACAGGAAAGUAAGUAGAUAAGCCCUUUGGACUGACAGUUAAAGAAAUUCUUUACUUUGAAUUCCUGUGUGCCGAGGGAGUCUGGGAAUGUUUUGGAGGGUCUACGUAUAAACCUACAUGCCUUACAUUUCCCACAUUGAUAGGUCCCUAAGACUGGGGACUUCAGCCAUGAUGUUUUCUGGGGUGUAGUCUUGAGAUGGCUAGGGACCAACAUGUCCUUGAUGUUGCGUCCCCUUCUUGCUGUUACUGAAGCCUUAUGUGUGAUUACCUUCCGUAAGUGUGGGUCUUGUUGUAAAAGGGGCCAGAAUCUGUCCAAGAUUUGCAUCAUUUGAUGCCAGCCGGCAUCAAAAUUCCCUAUACAUCUUAUGACUGCCUGUGAUGGCUCUGGGUUAUGUUCGAUUAGAAGGUCUUUCCGAUCUGACAGUAAGGCCCGUUUAUAAGCGUGUUUUAAGCAUCUAUUCGGGUACCCCUUUUGUUUGAAUUGGAGUUGUAAGGUCUUAGCCUUUAGUUUAAAAUCAUCCAAUGUAGAGCAAUUGCGUCUAAGGCGCAAGUAUUGUCCAGUUGGAAUCCCUUUCUUUAGGGAAGGGGGAUGAUGGCUAGACCAAUUCAGCAAGUUAUUAGUUGCCGUUGGUUUACGGAACAGAGUUGAAAUGAGGCACCCUUCUUCUGUCAGCGAGAUGGUGAGGUCCAGAAAAUUAAUUCUAUUGCCACCAAUUUCACUAGUCAGUUUGAGAUUAAUAUUGUUGGAGUUGAGAGUGUGGACGAAGUCCAAAAACAGUUCCGAGGUAUCUGUCCAAAUGAUAAACACGUCAUCAAUGUAUCUUUUCCAGAUUUUUAUAUGCUUUGUAUAUUUUACCAUAUGAUCCGUGAAUACCAUUUGAGACUCCCACCACCCCAGGUGGAG